AUGCUGCAAAGAUACUGGAAGUGCAGGCAAACACAACGAGAAAACACACACCUUACCAUCUCCCUCCUCCUAGAGAACUGCUUCCCAAACCAUCCCAAGACCAAGAUCUAUUUCUCACGCUACGAGAAAAAGUGUCCGACGCUCGCCAAAAGCAUGAUUUCAACAGCUAAAGAAGAAGCAGAGAAUGAGGAUCAGAACAAAUCGCUUCAGGAACUCCUGGAGGACGAGAACCGUCGCUCUCCAAACGCGCUACAUCGCAUACAACCGAAAGAAACCACAACAAACAAUAACUACAACUUUCUCUCCGUCAGAAAAAUUCAGCAGCUCCCCAAAGAGCAUGAUUUCAUAACACAAUUAGAGAAGGCAUACUGUAACGACUACAAGCAACCGGUGGUGCAUGGCAUACAAAACUCUACAAUCCAGUGGUGCCAGAAACUUGCCUUCACACCCAGGAACCAGGAUCGAGCUACCAUGGCAGCACAACCAGAUACGCCAAGCUACUCGGCCCCUUUACACACCCACGCUACAUAA